AUGAAAAUAAAGAGGAUUAUAUUUCUAUUUCUCAGCUACGCAGUGUCUGUGGCUGGAGUGAGUAACUCUCUGCAGUAUUUUUACACUGGAUCUUCCGAGGUACCAAACUUCCCAGAGUUUGUGGUUGUUGGGAUGGUUAAUGAUGUUCAGAUGAUGCACUAUGACAGCAGCAUCAGCAGAGCUGUGCCCAAACAGGACUGGAUGAAAAAAAUCACAGAUGCACAGUACUGGGACACUGAGACUGAAGGGUUCAAUAAUACCCGGCAGUUAUUCAGAGACAACAUUGAAAUUGCACAGUGGCGCUUCAUCCAAACUGGAGGUGUCCACAUAGUCCAGCUGUUUUAUGGCUGUGAGUGGGAUGAUGAGGUUGGAAACAUUACAGGAUAUCAUCGGUACGGCUAUGAUGGAGAAGAUUUCAUAGUUUUUGAUCUGAAGACAGAGACAUGGAUUGCUCCAAAAGAACAGGCUUUCAUCACAAAACUCAACUGGGAUCGUGAUGCUGAUGGGAACACAGAGAUAAAAAACUACUUAACUCAGGAGUGUGUUGACUGGCUGAAGAAAUAUGUGAACUAUGGUCGCUAUACUCUAAUGAGAACAGAUCUUCCUUCAGUGUCUCUCUUGCAGAAGACUCCCUCCUCUCCAGUCAGCUGCCACGCUACAGGUUUCUAUCCUAACACAGGCAAGAUAGUCUGGAGGAAAGAUGGAGAGGAGCUUCAUGAAGGUGUAAACAAAGGAGAGAUCCUCACCAACAAUGAUGGGACCUUCCAGAUGAGUGCUGAUCUGGAUCUUUCAGCCAUUGCAUCUGAUGAUUGGAAGAGGUACGACUGUGUGUUUCAGCUCUCUGGUGUGAACAAGGACAUCAUCACCAAAGUGGACAAAGCAGUGAUCAAGACCAAUGAAAGUAAUUCUCUCUCCAUGAUCAUCCCUGUCAUUGUUGCAGUGGUUGUUCUUGUUGCCACUGCCAUUAUUGCAUUUAUUAUCUACAAAAAGAGGAUAGACAAACGGCCUCCAUGUCCUGUAGAGAACCAUGAAGUCCAUGAAGUCAUUUAAGCUUCCUAAAGCUUAAAUGACAGACAUCCCUGCA